AUGAACUAUUCGCCUAAAACCACUUUCACGAUGGCAGCAACCUCACGAAUUAUUUGGGCGAGCCUUGGUCGACCUUUUGCUACCUCAAGGAGUAACUUUUCGUUAAUGUGCAAAAAAUGCCACUGGAAAUUACGACCCAUGAGUUCACAGGCCAUGGUACACGUUGGAAGAAAACGACUGUUCCAGAGAAAAUGGUUUUGGCUCUUAUUUGGUAGCGGUGCAUCUCUACUGGCGAUGAACGUUUACCAUAACAGACUGUGGGAGGCCGGACAGCGUAGAAGACUGCGAGUUUCACUAGAGGGGAUAGGAAGAUUCUUCAGGUAAGAAAAAUAAUUCCCAAUAUUUAGUCGAGUAAGGAAUUGAAGGCUUGUAUAGGCCUGACUGAAUUUAACAGUUUAGGGAGAGGGGGAGGCGACUUUCUAUUUUUAAUCCCAAACCCUACCCUGCCUCCUCCCAUUAAAACGAUUGAAAGCCGAACUUCUGAAUUUUUUUGUCAGCUUUGAGAGAUAAAAUCCAAAAAUUUUUUUCUUUGUCCUCACCCUACUAUAAGGGUCAUAAUUUUAUUUUAAUGUUGAGUUCUUUGAAGAAAAGUAUUGAAUCCCUCUAGGAAAAAUGCCCCAUCUCUUUGACAAGAUGUCUCCAGAUGGGUUAGAAAAGGACAUAAUCAGUCUAUAGAAUGGCUCCUGCUUAUUUCCCCAUGUUCUAGUAGACAAUGACUGGUACUCUUUUAAAUCCUUUAACCCCUAAGGAUGAAUAGCAUCUAAUUCUCCUUACAAUAUCCCCCAGAAUCACACAUUAAGGUCAUGAGAAUAAAGAAAAUAAUCACAAACUAAAGAAGCUCUUGAUUGUUAAACAAAUUCUCCUUGUCAGCACCAUAGGAAAUGUACAGAGAACAGUAUGAAGAUAAUUGAUUUUGAUGUUAGGGUGUAAAAGUUUAAUAUAACAGAAGAAGCCUGAAAAAGGUUAAGAAUCUCUGCAGGAUUAGAACCUGUGAUCUUUUGACCCUUAUCAACUUUGGUAUGAUGCUAUUGACACAGAAAUCAUUCUGACUGAGUGGGGACAAACAUCUCAAAGAAACAGUUAUACUUUACAGUAUGCAUGUGUGUAGGUCUGCAGACUACUUUGAUAGUAAAUUAGAAUAAUGCAUCUCUUAUGUUGAUCUACUUUUCUUUUUGCUGAUUAGGUGUUUUUAUUUUGGAAUGAAAAUAUCAUUAGAUUACUGGUGGACCCUGCACAACUUAGAUCCUGUGAGUAGUGCAUUCUACCUUGUGAAUUUUGUCUCAUCUUAACUUCUCUUUCAAAACUGUUGGAACUUGAAACAAACUUUAAGGUAAUUAAAUCCUUUCUGAAUAAUUUUGCUUUGAAGUUGCUCCAGAAGCACAUAAUCUAUGCUUCUUAUUACACAAAUUAACAUGUUUUAUCUAAAUGUUGAUAAGGAAGGAGAGGAAUAUGCCCAAGCCAUUAAAGGAUGUCACCAGAGAGCAGCAGACAGGAUUGUGGUUGGUGCAAUUGACAAUGGAGGGAUUUAUGUCAAGUUAGGACAAGGUCUUGCUUGCUUUAACCAUAUCUUGCCACGGGAGUAUACAGAAACUCUACCAGUAUUACAAGAUAAGGUAUAAGGAGAGAAACUCUGACAAACCUUCUCCAAGAUAUCAACACACAGAAAUCCAGAAUACUAAUUCUUAAUGACUAUUCCAUUUGUUCAUUUUUCUUUUUCGUUUUUGGCCAUCUCUCUGUUGACCUCUAUCAAAGUAAUUUUUUUACAUUUUAUUUAUGGAAGUUUCCAAAUCUAUUAUCUGGGAUGUGCUCUUCUAAUCGGGAAGUGUGGUAUCAUUUCCUACAUUAACUUUUUCACAACCAGGAGUAAUUGAUGAAUGAUGUCCCCUUUUCAAUGCAAAUACAUGAACUUUCCAAGCAGACAGAUGAUUAGGUUAAAGAAAAAUGUCAAUUAUUUGACAUGUGACUUAUGAUUAAAUUCUUAAAACUUGCAUUACAAGAAAUGUACAGCAGAGAAUAAUGAGAGUAGAUAUUAAGAUCAUUAUAAGACGGUCAUUAAAAAGGAAGGACAUAGGUUAAUUCUUUCUUUGAUACAAUUUUGUUACUCUUUUGUAGGCUCUUCGAAGGAAACAUGGUGAGGUUAGUUAUUCAAAAUUGUUCUUAUUACAAAAGACUGUCAAACCUCUAUUAGCACAGGCAUUUAACCAUGGGAAGUAGCCAGAUAACCCUUGUUCCCCAAACAAUCCCAUUAGCACUUGUGCUGAAACUUUGGUUCCCAUGCCAUUGUUCAUUUCCAAAGUGAGCCUUAGCAGUUGACUCUAAUUUAACGAGUGACAUGGCAAAAAGGUGAUCUGGAACAUGAAAUUCAUUAUGCAGUUAUUAAUACUACAUUUAAUUCUCUCGAUACUGAAUAACUGUCGAAAAUUUCUACUUAGGUAGAUGAGUUAUUUCUUGAGGACUUUGGCAAGAAAGCUGAUGAUUUAUUUCUGAAGUUUGAUCACAACCCCAUAGCUGCCGCAAGUCUGGCACAGGUGCACAGAGCUGUUACACAUGAUGGGAGAGAGGUGGCUGUGAAGGUAGGCAAUAAUUAUUGUUAUUACCACCUGACUGGCCACUCUGUUUGGUGUGCUUUGGUUAUUUUGUGCAUAUUAGAAAUUUUCUAAUUGAGUUUUGAAAGUAAUCCGGAAUUGUGAUUGGUUGAAAAAAGAAUCAUGCCCCUCUAGCAACCAAUUGGAUGCAAAACUAGUUGUAAUAGCUGCUUAAUUGAUCACAUUUUCUUGAGCUUGAGCCUGACAGCCAGUAUAUUUACUUACUGCCUUGUUUUGUGCAUGUUAUUCAUAGGGGUGUCCAGCCAUGCCUUUUCAAUUAUGAUUUUUAUGUCUGAUAGAUUCAAUACAUUGACCUUCUGGACAGAUAUGAUGGAGAUCUGUGGACAUUAAAACGCUUACUUCAAGUGAUUGCGUGGAUGCAUCCUUCUUUUGAGUUUGCUUGGGUUUUAGACGUAAGUUCUGAGGGUGAUAGAAAACAAAACCUGGUACAGAUUAAUUGCCGAUUCUCCUUGUUAAUUCAUUGCAUCAAAAGAGGGUUAAUACCAAAAAAGCAAUACUGCUUGAAUAGUUGAUUCAUUUGUUGAAAGAUAUUUUCGUCUUGUUACGAGCAUGAGACAAAGAAGAAGUCUAAGUUCUCAUGAGGAAACGAACCACAGGCCUUCAGGUUCCAUGCUUUGGUGCUUUAGCACAGAGUUAAAGAGAACUCGAUGGCGAGUCCUGAUGACCCAAUGCUGUGAAACCUUAUUGAACUUGGUGAUGAUAGUUUCCUAUUUAACAACAUGCAGGACAUUCAGGCGACUUUAAGGCAGGAGCUUGAUUUUGUACACGAAGGUCACAAUGGGGAAAGAUGCGCAGAUGAACUGAAGCAUCUCAGUUAUGUUUAUGUGCCUAAAAUACACUGGGAUCUUACUACCAAGGUAAGAGUCGUCUACCAGUCGUUACUGGGUAGGAUAAACAAACAAUUCUUUAGGCCUUCAACAACACUCGGUGAUCGAAUGUUCACUUCCGGCUAGGAAUGUACGUUUUCAACAGUUUGUUGGUGGGGAGGGGGGUGUUUCUCAAAGUUCACUCGAAACGGUUGUUGCACCCUCUUUCCAGUUGCCGUAAGUUCUGCUGUAUUCGCGACUUAGUGGUAACAUUUUGGUCAAGUCCUUGUGCUUGAUUACUAUAAAGGGUUACUCAAUCUAUCUACCUUUGUUACUAUUUGAGAGAAACGUGAAAUUUAUGCAAAUAACGGAAGUAGAUCUUUUGAUGGGAUUAACGAGGCUAAUCAGUUUUGAUAAAAUGGUUGUCAGCACCAAGGGUAGCUGAUUCUUGGACUGGUUCCUUUGACAUGCAGUCCGGUCUACGUGUCGAGUCAGGUAAAGAGCUGCACUGUUGUGCGGAGGUUGAGAGUACAAGGCUUAAAUAGUCAAGGAACAUGUGUUGCCCUGAAAAUACUUAGACGUUCUAGUUUUUCGGAUGAGGACAAAAAACCGAAAACCUCGUGUCCCGCAUCUUCACUUCUAUGGUCAGCAGGAAACGUGAAAGGGUCACUCCACGCGGAGAUUAGAACAACAAGCUACGAUUUUGCCAUCCGGGUUUCAGGAGCAACACUGUAAACUGUUGUAAGAAAUACGUUCUUGCCAUCUCAGAAUCUUUGUGAUUGUCUUUCAGCGUGUGUUGACUGCAGAGUAUGUGGAUGCUUGUAAGGUGGAUGACGUUGAAGAUCUUAGACGCAGAGGACUGGACGUGGCUGAUGUAAGUUUGCAAUACUAUAUACCUAGUCACAAACUACAGGUUGAAAAGUUUUGAGAAAAAUAUCGCAAAGGCUCAAAGCCGUUUUAACGGACUUUGGAGAAGAAAGGUGAAUCCUGUUCAUGUUAACUCUUGGGCUUUGAGAGUUCAGCCUGUCCCAAUACCAAGAACAUUUGCUUGGAAAUUGAUCAAUUUGGAGUUUGAGAAUUUCAUUGUGUCUUUUGUGAUAGAUAGAUGAAAAACUGUUUUUCUGUCUUAUUCACGAUCCUAAGGUUGACGAGAAAAUGAUCAAAGCGUUUGGCGAGCAGUUGUUUCGUAGCGGUUUUAUUCACGGCGAUCCUCAUCCCGCAAAUGGUAAGUUAUUUUACUGUACAUGAUAAGGAAUAAAGUUAAGUGAUACUAGUCCACUUAUAUCGUGGGCUUAUUCCUGUCGAAGUUUUUCUCUAUCAUGAAGUAACGUGGGGUAUCGCUGGUAUUAUUCCUGGACGGGAUGAUAGUUUCCGCUCGUAAGAAGAGAGAGGCACUGUUGAGAGCAAAGUGUGUUGCCUCAGAACUCAACAAAAUUGGCCGGUCAGGGCACACAAUCGACCCUUUGCACAUAACAUUUGGGACACUUUCCUAGGGUGAGCUCAUUUAUUCUCAUUUCCCAGGUCUUCACCCUGGAUGUCAGUCCCCUUUCCCUGGACAGCAUACGUAGCCCAAAGCUAAAUUAAUGCUGUUUGAUCCACUGUAAAAGAAUGGGCCACCCAGCAAAGAAAGCAGCAAAGAAAGCAGCAAAGAAAACCUGUUCGAUCGGAAUAUAUCAAAGGCUCUAGUCCUCGAUGAAAACUCGCAAUCCUAUUGGUUUUCUGUAGCUUGGUCCGAUAUUGAUCCAACCCUUUGAUCUCUAAGAGUGACUAACAUCUAAUUUCUCCUUACAAUAUCACCCCUGAAUGAAACUUUAAUGUUAUGAGGAAAAAGGAAAUCAUCAUCAAACGUAGAAGCUCGUGAUUGUUGGACAAAUUCUCCCCGUCAGCACCUCAGGAAAUGUAUAGGGACCAGUAUGGAGAAAGCGCAUACUGAUUCCUGUUCUCUUUUCUGUUGAAGUUCUCGUUAGGAAAGGCAAAGAUGGGAAAGCUGAAAUAGUCAUCAUUGACCACGGGCUUUACGAAACUCUCCAGCAAAAGUAAGCAAUUAUCUUUUUGUUUGGUGUUUGUUGGAAAGGACUGUAGCUUGAAGACAAUCUGUCUUUUUUCCAGCAGAAAGCAAAUGAGGUGCGUUAGGGCGGGGAAAGGUGAAAGAGCCUCUAGGAUAAUUCUCACUUACUGAUACCAGUCAAUUGAAAGAUGCUAUUGUGCACCGAAACCCCCCUUUCACACUGUUAGCAGUAGAUGCCGUGUGAGUGCCCUGUGUCUUGCACAGAAAAGUUGGCCAAGAGCCUAAAACGCUGGAAUUAGGAUGCGCCACGAAAUUAGUAGACAUUGUCAACAAUUGUUUUUGUUAAUAGUAAUUCUCAAUGCCGACCGUUAAGCUAAUGGUAUAAAUAGGCCAGAAAAAAACGCGCAGAAAAACCAAUUCGGCCCUCAGCUAUUAGCUCAAUACGUUUAUGCAUAGAUCUCUUAAUUUAUCAUAAUACGUUUUAGAAUAUGACUUUGUUUUCAAAUUUUUCCUCAGAGACAGGAUAGCCUUGUGUCAACUGUGGAAGUCCAUCAUACUCAAUGACCAGGAGAAGAUGCAAUAUUUUAGUAAACAACUCGGAGUUGAUGGUAAAUUAACACGUCAGAUUUUGGUCUCCAAAAACGUGAUGUGUAUAAAGUGGUACAGGAUUUUAUCUUCUUGUAAAUAAAAACUCGGCUGUAGCUUUUUCUUUUUAUUGUGUAAAUUUAUGCACCAACUGUUCCUUUAUUCUUUCUAUGAAAAAGAGAGUAUUUUGUGUUAGCCAUGGUAGUAAUGAAGGAUAUGAUUUAUCCAAAACAAAUGCCACAGAAUUUAAUCUCGUCAUAUCAAUUAUUUUCAAAACCUGUCAUUGCUAGUUAUAUCACGCUCUGCAUUAUGCGCAGUUUUUUUUUUAGUCAAGUCGAGAUAACUCCAAAAGGAAAAGCCAGUGUAAACAAUAAGCACGUAACUUGCGAUUCGUUGUUCUUCAAUUUAAUUAGGAAGCAAUUAUCACCCUUAAUCAGGCGGAAUACGGCCUGACGUUGGUUGAGUAUCACGCGAUGCCUCGUAUGAUUUCACUGGAUGAUUGUUUUAAUAAUACGAGCAUGUAGCAGAAUGUAAAGUAACCCGUUAGGGUCAACCUUACGAGUAACAAGAUGAGGUUAAAUCUUGAUAGGGUUUACCUUAUCAAAAGUAAGUUAAAAAAGUAGGUAUUAUGAGACUUGUUUUCGUUUUAAAUGUCGUUUUAUCUUCCAGAUUUCGAGAAUUUUUGUCAGAUUCUUCUUCAACGUCCGUUCGCAUGGGGAAGCGCUGGAAUGCUGUUUACUUCAAGAGUAACAGAAGAGGAUUUGACAAUCAUGACAAAACUCGCUCAAGGACACUUCGAGAAAGUGAUAAUCAUUCUUAAACAACUUCCACGGAGCAUGCUGCUUGUGUUCAGGUGUGGAUAGUGUUAUUUCACUUCGAAAUAGUUUAUUCGUGCCGCAGAUUUUUUUUGCACGUUUUCCUGUUAAGUGGCACCAUUCUUUAGCAUUCUUUAGCCAAGUUCACCUAUUUUUAAUUUCCUUUGUUGACUUUUUUAUGUAUUUUUACCGUAGCAAACUGUCAUAAUUUGUAGAUUUCCUUCAAUUUAACAGCCCGAAAAGCAACUCCUGAACUUGUUGCGCAGCUUGUAGAGUCGUGGACGUUGAACAGAGGAAAAUACUCGGAGCCCUAGAUUAGGAUCGAAGCCCCACCCCCUCCUCCCUCCUCCCUUUCAACAACCGAUGGGAUGCUUUAGAGAUUCGAGCUUUUUCCUGUAGAACUACAUUCUAUAUCCUUUCCUUUCCUCUCCUCCCUCCCCUCUCCCCCAGCCUACCGCUGAUGAAAAAUUGCUUCGUGUUCAACCUUGUACUAUCUCAUUUUUUUUUUAGGAACUUAAACACAGUUCGACACAUUAAUCAGGAACUAGGAGAGCCAGUGGAUAGAUUUGUUCUCAUGGCCAGAUGGUUUGUGAAAAAAUAUUUGUAUUCCGUGGUCUUCCUUCUGUUUAGUUUUACUUUUUUCACGGUUUUUGAUUGUUUUUAUCGAAAUAGUUCGAAGGCGAGAAAAGAGGUUUUCAGUAUAAAUAUAGGUCCAGUUUUGGAAAAUUUCAAAAGUUUCCACGAUAGCGACUGGUUUAGACGUCAAUUUUUUUACCUUUUCUUGCAGCGCCAUCGCGGGAAUUCACGGCCAUAUAAAGCAUAGAAGUCUAUGGUCGAAGAUGAAGACAAUCUUUGAAUCAUACGUCCUCGAUGUGAAAAUAAGGUAAUUAUGUUUUCCAAAUAAGUGGGAAGUUCUUCCCAGUGCUACCGCUUGAGAUAAGUUUUCUUGUCGUUCUCAUCAUAUAUUCCAUGUAGAAUUUUUAUGGUUCGCAGAACGAGUUAUCAUCGCAUAGUGAGGCCGCCAGUUCCAACGACGUUUCUACCUUCCCUGUCCUUAAAGUGUUCUGACUUCCGGUUCUCUGUUACGACUCUACUUCCGAUUAUUUUACAUCCAGUCAUUGGAUGAUACUGCUACAUCACAUCCGACCAUACGUUUUACGACUGGAAUUUUAUAGUUAUUAAACAAACACAAACACAAGAACCAGCUAGUAGGCUAAACGGACGGCGGUAAGAGGUUUUAUAUGCGGAGAUACAUCGCCGGUAAUCGGCUUUCAUGGAAUCCGCGCUGACCCCUAAGAAUGACGACCAUUUAGUUUCUCCUCACAUUAUUGACCCUGAAUCAAACAUUAAGGUCAUGAGAAGAAAGGAAAUGAUCACCAACUGAAGAAGCUCUUGAUUGUUAAACAAAUUCUCCCUGUCAUCAUCUUAGGAAAUGUAUAGAGAGCAGUAUGGAGAAUAUGUAUCCUGAUGUUAGGGUGUAAAGGGUGAAACGAAGGUGAAUCGUUUGAGCCUGUCACUAACAAAUUUCUUGUUGUCACUAGAGCCAUGAGUUUUAGAGCGUGGAUGGUGGAAAGCUACCUGCAGAUUCUUCAGUACCUGGGGCGUGCACCCAAAGAUAUGGACAAACUCACGUCUAAAUUAAAAACCUUACACGAGUUGGACGCCAUAGCCGCAGAACGAGCCAAAAGAACGGUCUUGGUUUCUUGA